UAAGGAUUUCAGAAAAUAUAAUAAUUCAUCAUGUAAAUCCAAAUCCACACCAAUGGCGCCCUCCUCGCAUCCAGCACUGACGGUCAUUGACCCGCCAGAGAUCUCUGCCAGCCCUAUGACUGCACAAGUAGUGUCGAUCAAUAGCAAUGCGCGCGUCAUCCAUACAAGCGGGCAAAUGCCCAUCGAUCGCCACGGAAACAUUCCCGCUGCGUACCCCGAUCAGAUUAAACUCUGCCUCGACAAUCUCGAUGCCUGCCUGAAGAGUGCUGGAGCUGGCCGCAAAGAUAUUGUCAAACUUACCUACUACAUCGUCAACUACAAUCCGACCUGGCGCCCACAUGCUGAAAUCCUCAUGGACUACCUUCAAGGCCACAGGCCGUGCACAACUUUGGUUCCAGUACCUGCUCUUGCUCGGGCCGAGCUCUUGUUUGAGAUUGAAGCCGUUGCAGCUCUUCAAGGUUCUUCUCCGAAUCCAAGAUCCGUGCUUUGAUAAUAUUGCCGUA